AUGCUGCCCCGAACAGCACUUCCGUCUCUCUUCUUGCUCCUGGGGUAUGCCUUGCUAUCGAGCGCUGCUGUUCUUGUGGAUUUUCAGGUAGCUCAGCCGCCUCCAGUUCCAAAAGAUGCGAAGCAGUGCACAAUCCAGGUUUUACAACGCGAUUUCGCCUUUUCGUUUGGAAGUGCUGAAGUUGUCGAACUAGUUCCACCGACUGACUGCGGGCCAGUUGGGUCAUGGGCAGCCAUAACCCUCAAUCUUACCGUUACGAGCAACGGUACUCAAUUUGACCGGUUGGGAAUUUUCACAUUCCAAAAUGUUGAAAUUUGGCGAACCUCAACACCGGAACCUACCAGAGGCGAUGGCAUCAUAUGGACAUACAUCAAAGAUGUAACUCGAUAUGCCCCUUUGUUUGCAAAACCGGGGACAUUCAUAUUCCAACUCGACAAUCUCAUCGAGACUGGUCUUGAUGGAAUAUACUCAACUGUUGUCCAUGCAACGUUCUUUGCUUCCUCUCCACCACAUCCACCCGCUAAGAAGGCAGAUCUACUGGUCCCUCUUUCUAACUUGAGAAAUGACACUGGAAAUGAUGUGUCAGUACCUCCAGCGUUCUCGAUCAACGUCACUCUCCCUCGAAACUCUGUCCAAGUGUUCGCCGAACUUUAUGCAUCUGGAAACGGGAACGAAGAAUUUUGGUACUUCAAUACUCCAAACCAAUUCCUGAAUGCUUUACCAGGUUUCCUCGGACAGGGCCCGUUCAGAGAGGUUAGACUGUUGGUCGAUGGUCAGAUAGCUGGCGCUGCAUACCCAUACGCAACCAUUUUCACAGGAGGGAUUGUCCCGACUGCAUGGAGACCCAUAACAUCCUACGGAGCAAUGGACUUGCCCACAUAUUUCCUCGACAUCACACCAUUCGUUCCAAUUUUGACCGACGGACAACCGCACAACAUUUCUCUCGACGUCACAUCCGCCGAAGAGGAUCAUACUAUUUUGCAAAACUGGUUCCUCUCAGGUGUCCUUCAAGUCUUCACGGACAAGUCUACAAAACCCACCACUGGAAAGAUUACGCAGUACACCGCGAGUCCUUUCUCUCAAACAAACACGGUCGGGACUGUCGGGGAAAAUGGAGACGUCACUUUCACUGUCUCAGCGUCUCGCAAAAUUCAUAUCGAGUCGACUAUCGUCAGUGGUAGCGGCCAAGUUAACCAUGUUGUUUGGUCCCAAAAUUUGCAAUACACAAAUUUGCAGAAUAUCUUGGACGACACGGCUAUCCAGGAUGUUCUCCAAAUGUCGUCGGGUACCGUACUCUCGACUCACAACGGCGUGCCUGUGGUAGUGGAUGACUUUUCUUUCCCCCUCGGCAUAAAUUUCACCUUGUUGGACCCCAGCGGAGACAGCUUUAAAGCCACCUUUGACCACUCUUACAAUCGCGAUCUCCUACCAUUCCCCGCCGUCGUAAGAUCAAACAUCCAAGAACGACAAACAGCCAGUGGCUUCUUCUUGGAAUCACCCAACGGGAACACAGGAAAUGGCACCAACAGCAACGUGUUCAGUUACGUAGACCAAGCAGGUAACACCUAUUCUAGAGUCGUCGAUGCCGUGUUGAACAACAUCACCUUCGACAAACAAUCCGGGACACUCGCGCCAACCUCUCCACCACCCCACCGCGGUCCACUGCCGUUCAUCACCGGCUCAGUGGGCAAAGCACGCCUGCCAAGCGCCCGCCGGGUCCCGAGCACGUAG